GGCACAUUUCCUGACGGACAACCCCCUCAGCCAAUCAGCGGGCGGGGCGCUGCCGGGAGGGGGUGUGGGGGAGGCGCAGCGCGGAGCCGCCGCCAUUUUGCGAGCAGCGAGCGGCGAAGGGGGCGCAGGGCCGGCGCCAUGGUGAAGCUGUUCAUCGGCAACCUGCCGCGGGAGGCGACGGAGCAGGAGAUCCGGGCGCUGUUCGAGCAGUACGGCAAGGUGCUGGAGUGCGACAUCGUCAAGAACUACGGCUUCGUGCACAUCGAGGACCGCACGGCGGCCGAGGACGCCAUCCGCAACCUGCACCACCACAAGCUGCACGGCGUCUGCAUCAACGUGGAGGCCAGCAAGAACAAGAGCAAGGCCUCCACCAAGCUGCACGUGGGCAACAUCAGCCCGGCCUGCACCAACCUGGAGCUGCGCGCCAAGUUCGAGGAGUAUGGCCCCGUCAUCGAGUGCGACAUCGUCAAGGACUACGCCUUCGUGCACAUGGAGCGGGCGGAGGACGCGGUGGAGGCCAUCCGGGGGCUGGACAACGCCGAGUUCCAAGCGGGCUGGGGCCGCUUUUCUUUCCUCAGGCUGCGUUUUCACCGCGCUGACUCCGUGAUCUCGGUGUGCAGGGGGGUCCCAGCCCUCCGACAGACCCGACCGAGCGGCGAGGGGCCACCAGCGCCCUGCUGCCGUCCCCACCGCCCCCCGAACAAGAAGACAAGGGACAGCAAACGCUUUUACAAACUUUAAUGAUGGUUCCAGCAGCAACGAGGAGCCCGGCGGGGCCCCAGCGAGCGGCUCGGCCACACGGAGGGAGCGCUGCCACUCGCCCCGGGCUGAGCGAGCCCCUUACAUCCCAGAGCUACUCCGCUAAAACCGAAGUGUCGCCGGGAGGAGCCGGUCAGAUUUCACUUAGUGAACGCUGAGAGAGAAACGGAACGGUGACUGGAGAGAAAACCUGCAGGCGCCGCAGUGCAACAGGAGCAGGAUGAGCGGGGGACGCCCCGAAUGACCAAAACACCCCCUGAAGGAACCGUCCCCAGCAGGAGGCCACCACCCCACUGCCCUGUCCUUGGAGGCGACCCCAAUCCCUCUGCUUGCAGGAAUUUGUGAUUUCUUUCAGAAAUCUGCUGCCACCCACCCAAAAAAGAGCAGUUCUGGGAAGAGACGCGUGCAACAACCGCGCGUGGCCGACGCUCCGGCCCCAAACCCGCUGGUUUGCCUCUAGCAGGGACAGGGAGAGCGGCGGGAUGCGGUCUGACCCCAAACCCCACUGCAACACGUCCCCAAACGGCCGGGCUGGGCAAAGAAAUACAGAGGACAAGGGUUUCCAAACGGAAAACAGCCCAGCUUUUUAUUUACAGUCGUACAAAACGUCACUCGGUGCUGCUGCGUCGAGCCCAACGCCGUGCCUGGGUUUUAAAAAAGGCGAGGGGAAGAAAAAAUGGGGAUGGGGGAGCUGAAAGAGCUCCUCGCUCGGCGGCGCCGAUCGCUCGGGAUACAAAACGCGCCCGGGCGGUGAGGGGGUGGCUGAGAGAGCCCCGCGCGGCGCAGAGGAGACGGUGCCACGACGGUAACGGCGCUGCAGGGAGCGGCCGAGGGGCUGCGCGGCCGCCUGGCGCUUUUCCCCAGGCACAGAACAACGUGUUUUCAAACCGUGAAUCCAAAACCUUCUAAAAACGAGAGAAAAAAAUCAAAGAUGG